UAGUUCCAAGGACUACCUUCCUAAAAACAACGUCCGACUAAAAACAAUAGAACUGGCCAAUUUCUUUGCUGUUGCAAUUUUUAAUGAAGGUUUCCAAGCUAUUUUGAAAGCAUUUGAAACAAUGGGAGUGAUUAUUGGGCCCUCUGCCAAAGAUUAUGCAGAAAAACGAGACAUGAGACGAAUGAUGGUAGCAGAAAAACGGCACCGCGAGGCUUCAAAGGAGGCUCGGACAGCUCGCAGGACAGCUGCAGCGGCCCAGCAACAAUUUUUCGAACAAGAGGAAGGCGAAUUAUAUGGGCCUGGAAUAGCUGAAAAGCUGCACUCUGACGUCACUUAUCUCUGCAGCAGUUGGGCUACUUUUUUUUUUUACCUCCGAGAAAUUACUAAUAUUUCCAAUAUAUGUCAGUAUUUUUUCGUAAUAUAAUUUUUAUAACUUCUUCAAAUGUUACUUAAUAUAGCCUCAAACU